AUACGUAAUUAUCAGACACGCAGUUCAAAUCAGUGUAAUAUUUCAUUAUGUUAAAAACUAAAUUCAUCACAUUAUACGUCAGCUUUUCUCUUGUUGGAAUCGUUUUUGCUACAUUGAAAGAAGAUAUUCAAUAUUGGCGAGAAUUGGCUAAUGAAGAAUUGGAGGAAGCUUUAUCAUACAAAUGGAAUAUGAACAAAGCGAAGAACGUGAUCGUCUUUGUAGGCGAUGGCAUGAGUCCUGACACCAUAACCGCCAGUAGAAUAUACCGUGCUGGCGAAACCAGUCGUUUGGCUUGGGAAAAUUUUCCUCACAUAGGCAUUCUUAAGACGUACAAUACUAACAAGCAAGUACCAGACUCAGCUUCAACGGCAACUGCUUUAUUUGGUGGAGUAAAAACGAAUUUUGAUCUAGUUGGACUGGAUGCAAAUGUAGCAUUAAACAAUUGCUCUGAGAGUUUGAAAACAGAUUAUCAUGUGGAUUCUAUUGUUUCAUGGGCGCAGAGUGUUGGUAAAGACACAGGAUUCGUGACAACUACCAGGGUGACCCAUGCAACUCCAGCACCUUUAUAUGCGCACAGCGCGAACAGGCGAUGGGAAUGCGAGUCAAAAAUGCCGAAGACUGCUGAAAAAUGCAAAGACAUCGCCAGACAAUUGGUGGAAGAUCUACCAGGAAAAAAUAUCAAGGUAAUUAUGGGAGGUGGUAGACAAAUGCUCAAGACCAAUGCUACAGGCACUAAAUACGAUCCUAUAGACGAGUGGGCUGGUCACAGACAGGAUGGUAAAGAUUUAAUCGAGGAAUGGAAACGAGACAAAUCCUCUAGAGGAUUGGCCUUCUCUGUUGUUCAAAAUAACGAAGAAUUAUCUCGCGUAAACGUUGAUAAAAUCGAUUACUUGUUAGGAAUUUUUGCAAAUGGUCAUAUUAGCAUGGACUGGAAUAGAAAAAAAGGUCCCAAAGGGCAGCCGAGUCUCGAAGAUAUGACUGUGACCGCAUUGAAAAUUUUGCAGAAAUCGAAAUAUGGUUAUCUUCUCGUGGUUGAAGGAGGGCUUAUUGAUUUUGCUCAUCAUCGUGGUCACGCUGCACAAGCAUUAUUAGAAACUGUUAGGUUCUCGGACGCCAUUAAUGCAACUUUGAAAAUGAUCAAUACGCAAGACACACUUGUUAUCGUAACCAGUGAUCAUACGCAUUCGAUGAGCUUUAAUGGAUAUAGUGAUAGAGGUUCACACAUUCUAGGCAUAGCUCAGAAAUCUAAAAUCGACGGAAUCCCAUAUACUACGUUGAGUUACAGCACAGGUGGACCGAAUAAUAUGGCUUAUAUAGUUAAUAAUUCUAAUUCUGUUAGGAUAGAUCCUUCUAAAGAAAAUACAACAGAAUUCACGUAUAGUCAACAGGCAACUAUUAUAUCGGAUGAAGCUUAUCAUGGUGGCGGUGACGUAGCUAUCUAUGCUAUAGGUCCGUAUGCUCACUUAUUUCAUAGUGUACAUGAACAAAGCUAUGUUGCACUUGUGAUUGCACACGCUAUGAAAUUAAAGUCGGAUAUGAAAUUAAAGUCUGAAAACAACGCUGGAAAACACUAUAGUAAUAUGAUUAAUGUUUUCAUGUAUUGUUGCUUGUUUCUUUUAGUGUUAUUUCAUUGACAAGGUAAAAAUAGGUAGAUCAUAAAUUGUACAGUAUUAAAAAAAAAAGACGAUAUAUUCAGAUUAUGUAAGGCUAAUGUGUAUAUUUAAAAAAAAAAAAAGAUCAAAGUUACAUAUUUCCUUAUGAUACUUAAGUAAAUGGGACAACAAAUGGCUAUGAAAAAUACACUUGGGUCCAUUUAAUCACAGAUUAGCCUAACUCGCUCAGUGGACGUGCUAAGUCUUUCCAAAGAAAGAUAAUUAUAUUAUAUAUCUUAUGAUAUAGAAUAAAUCAUUUUCUUCUCGCAUA